AUGUACGAUGAAGCCUUCCACAAACCCCUCAAGGAUUACCUAGAUGGUGAAGGUAAAGAAGGGGAAAUAUAUGACCUUGUUGCUUUCUUGGUGAAGACUGCUGAUGAACACAGUGAUCAGCCUCUCUUACAGGGCUGUCUGCAACCGACCCAGUCAUCGGGUAGAAGAUCAACACAUGAAGAAGCCCUCCAGAUACCCGCUGAAUGUGUGACAAGAGUACUGGCAAAUCUGUAUUCAGUGAAAACCGAAACAGGACUGCUGCAUGUGAAGAGAGUGAAGAAGUCUUGUCAGGAUACGUCAUGCAGCCCCCCUUGCCUUGAGGCCCCCUGCCUUGAGCUCUGUGCACAUCUGUAUACAUGUAUCUGUAGUGAGGAGUCACAACUUUGCCACCACAUUCACAGGGUCCACAUGCAGAUGCAAAACUCAUUCUUAGUCAAUAUAAAAAAACAGCUGACAGAUCCUACUCACAAAAGCAAUGCCUCGUCCGCACCUCCACCCCCGCCGCAACAGAAACUUAGGAGAAGUCCUAGACAAGCAAAGAAAGAGGCAGUAAUUCAAGCACAAAGAGAGGCAGUUAACCAAGCCCAGGAAUCUAUUCCAAAUUCAAAUGAAAGUGAAGGAACAAGAGAGAACAAUAUAGAUGGUGUUGCUUCCGAAGGUGUCACAGCAGGGGAUGGUGGAGAUGAUGACGACGAAGAUGAUGAUGAUGACGAUGAUGAUGGAGGUCUCUUUAUGGCUGACACUCACGAAUCUGAUGAUGAUGACAAUGAUAAGCAGGAUCCAGGUUUGAUCUACAAUGCUGAACCAGUUCCUAUGGAAGAUGAAGAGACAUCUACCGUAAACCUAAGAAAAAUUCUAGAUGUCAAUGAUGAACUUCUAGCUCUUCUGGAAAGUAAGCAAAUACAAGCUUCCAUGUUCCCAUACAUUCUUGGUGAAUUGAAAUCUAUUGUGGCAAAGUGCAAAGCCCAAGUGCCUGCCGAGUCUAUAGAUGGUCUGAGAAGGCGAGCGAAACGGAAAGCUGCCAUCCCGCUUUCACUGUUACAGAUUAAGAUGAGAGGAACGGCUAUCAAGAAAGCAGUAGAGUCUAAGAUUAGUUCCCUUCAAGAGAGUAGUGUAGAGCAAGUGAGGUUAUCAGAUGAUCAAGUAGAAGAAGCACCAGUUACCAAAGCAGAAGCCACAUUACCCCCAGCCCCAUCCAUUGCCACAAACUCCUCAAAGUCCUCUGCAGCACUCCAGGACUUGUUCUCCUUUGUCAUAACCUCAUCCGCCCAGACUCAGCCUGGUAAUGCCGUUUACAUGGUUCCAGCGACAACAAAUACAACAUUGCCCUCUUUCUGUGAUGGUAUGAAUCCACCAAGAGAGAACUCACCGGUACAGAUCAUCAUGAAUGCUCCUGCAACGCCCCACAUCCAAACAAUACAUACAGCAUCAUCUACAUUAGGGAUGUCAGAAUCUAGUCCUCUAGAGGCAGAUGCCAUGCAGCCUUCAUUUCCACCACUCCAUCAGCAACAAAGGCACCUCUUUCCUCCAGCCACUGUCCCACCUAGCAUGACUGAUUUCUCAGCGCUGUCCUCUCAGCUGGUGUCUUCGCUGCCACCUGUUCUAUCCUCAGCAACGCAGCAUCACAGCUAUCAGGAGUCGGAAUACAUCCCUCGUCAGUCAAGCCUCACACCUACAGGUAGCGUCAUGUCCCAGACGCUUGUUACGCAGAUUGUCCCAAGAGCUGCACCAUCUCCGUACCCAUACAAGGAGCAUUCGCAAUUGCUUCCUCUGACCGGGACAAACCAACAAACAGGUGCGACUGCUUCGUACCUAGCCUCACAGCUUGGCCACCACAUGAUGCAGCCUCAGCCGUUGCCGCAGCAUCUGCCAUCGCCCUACACCCUUCCCGGACCUGGACAACCCUUGAGCCAUCAACCAACCCAUCCUAUACCACAACCCAGGCAGUACCUACCCACUCCCAAUCAAACAUCACAGCCUACUCCUUCAGCCUGCCCCAUUUAUGUUAACCAUCCAGCUCCUCCAUCAUUUGACCCUUGCUCGACCCACUUCUCAGGGUCAACCGUUGCAUCAGACGGAUCCUAA